AUGGCACCCACCUUGAAUGUGCGUAACGACAACGUAGAGAGUCUGCGCAACCGCGCGCAGACCAAGCUGCACGGCUCCGUGGAAGACCCAGACCAGAUUCGGCUUAAGUACCUGUACAACAAGGAUGUUUACCAGCUUGAGGACAAGGAUGACUUUGAGAUUUUUAGCGAUCGCCUUGGCCACAUUGACGAAGUCGAUAUCUUUGUCGAGGCGCCUGGUAUCCAACAGAGCACUGUUAGUGCACCUGUAGGGCCUAAUGUCCCGGUCCUGGACGAGACGACAUUGGUAACACGCACUCAGGCCCGUGGUAAGAGCGGUGCAAUCAGUAUUCACCGUGUGCCUUUUGCCGGUGUGCCGAGCGUCCACGACUACAAGACUGCUGGCGGCGUCAGUGGUGGCGGUCGUGACAGCAUUCUUUUCCCGCCACCCAAGGAGACGGGCCCUCCCGGCCACCUCGUCGUGCCGCCCAAGCACUCUGUUGUGCCCACGGAUAGUGCGAGUGUCAAGUCCAAGAAGACGGCACAGACGGUGCGCUCCGACAAUCUGAAGCACAAGAUUGCGUUUGAAGAGUUUCACUCGCAGCGCGGCGUACGUCUUUUGCGUGGUAGUCUUGGCCCAGUAAACAAUGUGCCGAUGAUGUUCAAGAAUGGCUACCGCCACGUUUAUGUGAGCCGCAGCUUUGCACUCGAUCAUGGUUUCAUUCCUGCGGACACGACGCCGGGCACCUAUGGCUACAAUGGUAUCACGAACCUGGGCAAGUGGCCGGUCCAGGUCGGCUCCAAGUCGGUGCCUUGCACUGUGAUGCUUGCAGAGGACAGCUACUUCCCUGUUAUUCUCGGUCGUUCGUUUAUGGAAAAGCGUGGCGUGCGUACCGACCCUAUCGACAUGACCUCGGUCCUUUUUAUGGACAAUGGCGAGAGGGCGGACGUUGAAGUUGUCGUUGUCCGCGACGAACUCGGCCAGCCCAUCUCCAUUCCGUAA